GCUCUGAAAGAUCAUGCCUCGAUCGCGAGAAGUUCUUUCCCAUCUCCGCUCAAACUCCAGCGAGAGCUAUGGUCAGCGUCUCAAAAGCGUUUUCUCCAUCGUCGUUUGCUUCUUCGUGGUACGUGCCGCCGGAGAGGACAGGCCUCUCAGCUCCUUUUGGCGUCCAGUCUUCCCAACUUUCCUGCAGGAGCAAGUCCGUGAGAGCUUGAGCAGGAUCCAGUCUCAAGUCCAAGACAACCAAAACAAUCACCUUGACUUGCGAGGGAAUCGGCCAACCAGUGGAGUGAGGUCCGUGGUCACGCCGCUCGAAGACUACGCGCUCUUCUCCAUGCAGCUGGGAAUCGGCUCACUCCAGAAGAAUUUAAGCGCCAUCAUCGACACGGGGAGCGAGGCCGUGCUCGUCCAGUGCGGCAGCCGCUCCAGGCCUGUCUUCGACCCGGCAGCCUCCCAGAGCUACCGCCAAGUUCCUUGCAUCUCGCAACUCUGCCUGGCCGUCCAGCAGCAAACCUCCAAUGGCUCGUCCCAGCCCUGCGUGAACUCGUCCGCCGCUUGCACGUACUCGCUCUCCUAUGGCGACUCGCGAAACUCCACCGGGGACUUUUCGCAGGACGUGAUCUUCCUCAACAGCACCAACAGUAGCAGCCAAGCCGUCCAGUUCCGCGACGUUGCCUUUGGCUGUGCUCACAGCCCGCAGGGGUUUCUCGUCGACCUCGGCAGCCUCGGCAUCGUGGGAUUCAACCGAGGUAAUCUCUCGCUGCCGUCGCAGCUCAAGGACCGGCUUGGUGGCAGCAAGUUCAGCUACUGUUUCCCAUCGCAGCCUUGGCAGCCUCGCGCAACCGGCGUCAUCUUUCUCGGUGAUUCGGGCCUAUCCAAGAGCAAGGUUAGCUACACGCCGCUGCUGGAUAACCCGGUCACUCCUGCUCGCUCUCAGCUCUACUACGUCGGCCUCACUUCCAUCUCCGUCGACGGCAAGACUCUGGCCAUUCCAGAGUCGGCUUUCAAGCUUGACCCGAGCACCGGCGAUGGAGGCACAGUCCUCGACUCGGGCACCACCUUCACUCGGGUCGUGGACGACGCCUACACGGCUUUCCGCAACGCUUUCGCCGCCUCCAACCGGUCGGGCUUGCGGAAGAAAGUUGGCGCGGCCGCGGGGUUCGACGACUGCUACAACAUCUCGGCUGGCUCGAGCCUUCCCGGCGUGCCGGAGGUGAGGCUGUCGCUGCAGAACAAUGUCAGGCUGGAGCUCCGCUUCGAGCAUCUGUUCGUGCCGGUCUCUGCUGCCGGCAACGAAGUUACGGUGUGCCUGGCGAUCCUAAGCUCCCAGAAAAGUGGUUUUGGCAAGAUCAACGUACUGGGAAACUACCAGCAGAGCAAUUACCUUGUGGAGUAUGACAACGAGAGAUCGAGAGUUGGAUUCGAGAGAGCCGACUGUAGUGGUGCUGCUGGCUCGUUCCUCGUCCACUCCAAGUUGAUCGCGGCGAUCGUCCUUGCCAUCCUGCUGAAUCGUCAGUUGUGAGUGAGUGAGUGAGAGGAAGAAACAUAGUGUACAAUAAAAAUGAUUGGUUUCGAAUAAGGAAGCACAAGCUGGAUGGAGGAAAUAAGAAAUUCUUUUGGAGCUAGGAUUUUUUUUUUCGGAAGCACUCACGAGAUCUAAGUAGCAACUAGCUCGAUUGGUCGAAAUACCGUACCGCCAGGGAGCGAUCGAGCGCCCCGGUUCUACAUCGCUCCGCUGCCAAGCGAUUUCUUGCGAGAAUGCGGCGUAGGGACAGCAGUUGAUCGCGCACAAGACGAAAUCGCAGCGCUUGCUAUGCCUGGGAGGAUCUCAGCUCCUGGAAAUAUUUCACUGAUUCACCUGAUGAUCGAUCGAGACAUUGGAGCAAUGGCGGUGCUCGAUCGCUCGACCUAAAUCCU